CUGCGCCAAAACGCGCGCUCAUUGGAGGGGGGAUUUUCUGCGUCCGCACGUCCAACUUUUCUUUCCCCCUCCGCUUUAUAUGCUCGGACCCUCGCCUUCCUUUCUCAUCAUUCGGAUCUCCGUGAGCCGGUUCGGGUGUCUGAUCUGUGAUGGGGGCAGCGGCUGAGGUUGGGAGCUUCGCCAACGUAUUUCUGGACAGCUUUGGCCCCGCGGGCGCUGCUUCGGCUCCCGUUGGUUCUCAUUUCGUUCUUACCCCAGCCGGUGCGGUGGACUUCAACUCGGUUUCCGGACUGAUGAUGGGGGUACAGGGGCAGCAGCAGCAGCAGGAGCACCUGGUGUCCGCGGAGAGGCUGUCCCGGAGCCUGGCGGAUCUCAGCCAUCUGAAGGGGAUUCUGAGGAGGAGGCAACUGUACUGCAGAACCGGCUUCCACCUGGAGAUCCAUCCCGAUGGAACCGUGCAGGGCACAAGAAAGGAUCACAGCAGAUUCGGUAUUUUGGAAUUUAUCAGUCUAGCUGUGGGACUGGUCAGCAUCAGAGGAGUAGACAGUGGACUCUACCUCGCCAUGAACAGCAAAGGAGAACUGUACGGUUCGGAGAAGCUGUCUGCGGAGUGUGUUUUCAGGGAGCAAUUUGAAGAAAACUGGUACAACACCUACUCCUCAAAUAUCUACCGGCAUGGAGAAAAAGGUGCCUUUUACUUUGUCGCUCUUAACAAAGACGGGACAUCUCGAGAUGGAACAAGGUCAAGACGACAUCAGAGGUUCACUCACUUCCUUCCGAGGCCAGUAGACCCAGACAGGGUCCCGGAGCUAUACAGGGACAUAUUGGGCCAGAGCUGAGAAUGACAGGGUCUAAUUUGUACCCUGCAAAAUCAGUUUGAGCUGAAAAUGAAGCAAAGGGCACCAAAUCAUGACCCUGUGUUGAAGGACAUGGAAGAACUUGUUGAUCUGGACAAACCAGGAUUAUAUAGUGCACUAGAUCCACAGCCCCACUGCUGACAUGGAGGAUGGAACCAGAGCUUCUCUGAAUAUCACUGGCCGGGGAGCCUGGUGACCUCACAUCACCAGGGAUCUUUAGUGGAGGAGAGGAGACAGCAACUACUCUGGGCUCAAAUAGUGCUACUCCGUUAUCCUAUGUAUUGGCCUAUGCAGAGGUCCCGGUGGCCAAACAGAUGCUUUUAUGGAUUUCUUUUGAGUUACCACUAAUAAAAAAUCCAACAACUCCUUAGUCCAAAACUGCAUGUUCAAAGCGACAAAGGUUUGGACCCGAUAGUUGAGAUUAAAAACCAGCUGCUUGAU